AUGGAAGAAACCAAAUCAAAGUUCAAGAGAAUUUGUGUCUACUGUGGAAGCAGUUCAGGAAACAAACCUACUUACCAAGAAGCUGCUGUAGAACUUGGAAAAGAACUGGUUGAGAAAAGAAUUGAUUUGGUGUAUGGAGGUGGAAGUGUAGGGCUGAUGGGUCUUGUUUCUCAGGCAGUUCAUGAUGGUGGCCGCCAUGUUCUUGGUGUUAUCCCAAGAAGUCUAAUGCCGAGAGAGAUUACUGGUGACCCUAUUGGAGAAGUGAGAGCUGUUUCUGAUAUGCAUCAAAGGAAAGCUGAAAUGGCUAGGCAGGCUGAUGCCUUCAUUGCUCUUCCUGGUGGAUAUGGAACCCUUGAAGAAUUGCUGGAAAUUAUUACAUGGGCUCAGCUUGGGAUACACAGCAAACCAGUGGGGCUAUUGAAUGUGGAUGGAUUUUACAAUUCAUUGUUAUGUUUCAUUGACAAGGCCGUUGAUGAAGGCUUUAUAUCACCAAAGGCACGUCGCAUUAUCGUGUCAGCAUCCACAGCCAAGGAAUUAGUGAAGGGAUUAGAGGAACAUGUACCUGAGCAAGAUGAAGUUGUAUCCAAGUUGGUGUGGGAAGAAAGACUAAAUUACGUGCCCGAAUCAGAAGUUGCCAUGUGA